AUGAAAUCGUCGCCGCUGAAGCUAGUAAUAAAUAUGUGUCGGUUCGGAUUCGUUGCGAGGCGCUCCGUGCUUGCGUCAGCCCUCAAAUAUUUGCGGACGGGGAUUGGAGCGGCCGCGUAUAGUCUUAAACAAUACAGGGGCGGCCUCCGGCGUGUUUUUAUUUUCGCGCGGCCGAACUGCAACGGAGCGAGGCGGCCUCCUUUCGGAGAUCGAACGCCGCGCAAAAAGCCCGCCGGAGCGAGGCGAAAGGCACGCGGAUUAAAGGAACAACACGAGAGCACGCAGACGGACGGGUUCCGUGCGAGCGUACGC